UGGGGCGUCGAUGGGGGCUGGACGGGACGUCGUGGCCUUCGAGUCCGCGGGGCCCCUGCUCCGGGAGGCCGAGCCCGGGAAAGCUGGUAACUGGCCACUGACAAAACAUCUUGGAAGUGUUACACCAGUUUGUAUUCGUCUGUUAGCUCUGCCUACCACACUUCUGGUCUUCUUGGUGAUUGCUCUGUCCUGCGCCUUGGCAAUAGAAAGAGCCAAGCCUCUCCCAGAAUUCCCUGUAGCUGGUCCUUGCCCAGAUGACUGGAUUGGAUUUCGAGAGAAGUGUUACUAUUUUUCCGAAGAUACGAGGAACUGGACAUCUAGCCAGAGUUUCUGUACCUCCCACUCUGCCUUUCUCACUGUGAUUGACACUCAGCGGGAAAUGGACCUAUUGAUGCGACACAAAGGCCCCUCUGACCACUGGAUUGGGCUGAGCAGAGAACCGGACCAGGACUGGAAAUGGACCAACGGCACCAAGUUCACUGGCUGGUUUGAAGUUAAAGGAAGGGGAGAAUGUGCUUAUCUAAAUGAAAACAGAGUUAGCAGUGCCAAAAGCUACACAGACAGAAGAUGGAUUUGUAGUAAACCUGGCUUUUAUGCCCAGAGGAGAAAAAAUGCUUCAAAGGGUCACAUACAGAACUCCCAAACUGAAUAGGAGACGUGCACUGAAACCUGAUAUGUUGUCAACGGAGGGCGGUUGUCAGCAUAAGAUUUAAAGCCAUGUUGUUGUGUAUCUCGCCUCCGACCCCUCACCCAUGUCCUCCCUCUGGUCUGGAACGCCCUCCCUCCCCAUAUCCGACGGACAAUUACUCUUCCACCUUCCAAAGCCUUACUGAAGGCACAUCUCCCCCAAGAGGCCUUCCCUGACUAAGCCUUCCUUUCCUCUUCUCCCACUUCCUUCUGGUUUACCCUGACUUGCUCCCUUUAUUCAACCCCCAUCCCAAGGCUUGGCAAGCAGGAAGUGGAAGCUUCUGGCAGAAUUCUGUACUUCCAGGAUGUGCUGGGAGCUGGUGCUGAAGGGGUGGUGGCAGAGGGAAGGCAGGAAGCCUCCAGUUUCUCCCCUCUCCAGAUCAUAUUCUGUGCAGAGGACUGAGCUCAGCAUUUGAGAGAGUGCAAGAGAGUUAAAAGAUGUCAAGCCUGCCCUCAAGGAACUUACAAGCUGAGAGAUCGAAAUAAAGUAGUUAAUAUCAAAAUGA